AUGGACGACGAAGAGGAGCAAAAAGCCGCUGCGCCUUCGGUGGUUGAUCGUUACUACACACGAUGGUACAGAGCCGAUAUGAAGGGCAAGCCCUGUGAGGACCACUGCAUCCUUCAGCAUUCGAACAGGAUAUGCGUCAUCACCUUGGCUGAGACUCACCCGCUGCUAAAGAAAGGACGGACCAUCUCAAAGAUUGAUUACCAAAUUAGUAAUGGCUGCAGCCGCUUGAACAAUAAAGUAUCCGGAAAGUCCAAGCGGGGAGGUCAGUUCCUUACUGAAUUUGCCCCACUGUGCCGGAUAACGUGCACGGAUCAAACUGAAUUCACCGUCUACAGCUGUAUCAGGGGACGUCUUCUGGAGGUCAACGAGAAUAUUCUUCAAAGGCCCGCUCUAUUACAGGAGAAGCCAUCCACAGACGGAUACAUCGCAGUCAUCUUACCCAAGUUUGAAGAGAGCAAAAGCAUCACGGAGAACCUUCUGAACAGACGCGACUUUGAAAAGCUCCUCGCCAAACGGGACGGCACGCAGACGGUGGCAUCGCAACCGUCGUGA